ACAAUUACUCCAGAAUUGCGAAUAUGAACAGCACAUUUGGACUGUUUUAUGGGAGUCGGUCAAUAGACUAUGGUAAUGGGAUACGGAAACAGAACAUCACAGGUAAUACUUGUAUUGUUUGUGAUAGUAGCUACUGCUUGCUGUUCAAUUCAUCGUCCAUCUCAAACAGUUCAGUACGGCGAGACAAAUUAAAAGACAUAGUCAACAUCUACAAUAAUCAAACAGGUGAGCUGUACCAGUAUGGGUUAUUUCCCUUUAGCCUGUGGGUGGUGGUAAUAAUCAUGUCAGCUGUAGGAAUGAUCUGGGCAUUGGUGUACAUUGGAUUCGCAAUCUUCAACAUUUGUGGGAAACCCAUCGAGACCAUCACUGGACCUUUGGGCCUGUACUUGUGGAAAGGACUAGCAUUGCUGUUUUCUCUGCUGGGUAUGGUGGUGUACUUGGUGCUGUUCUUCCAGUACUACAAGGAGGGCUUGAUGCCCUGGGAGGAUCAGUUGGAUGACUUUGUCAGUGAUGCAGACUUGGACUUCUCUUUCUACAUGCUGAUGGCGGCCUUCAUUAUCUUCCUCUUAAACUUGGGAUUUUUAUUUUUAUCUGGGAUAAAAUUCUCAUGUGGCUUCACUAGAGAAGCAGAAAAAGUAAUGGACAAUGGAAUCAUACUUUAUUAACGAUGUCAGGAAUAUUGAAUGCGUGUCCUAAUCAAUUUACAUAUCGCUAUAGUACAUCAUGGAGAACUAGCAUUUCAAGGCGAGUCACAAGAUUUCUUUUAUAUUGUCAUGAAUAAGAAUCAGAAUGAAUUUGUAGAAAGGUGAUAUUUACACCUUCAUAUUUAUUUUUGGAAAAUUUUGUAGAAAUUGUUAAAAAAUCAAGCAUGGUUUGUUUUCAAAUGGUUAAAAAAUAGAAUUGCAUGAACUUUGAAAAUGAACUAUAUAUUUCCAUGAUAUGUCAUUAAGUUCUUUUAUGUUAAGUUUCUUGUUCUUCAUGCUGUGCAGAUAUCUCAUAAUUAACUGAAACUUAGGCCCUUCAUAAACUACACAUGGACAUGAUGGUCCAAAUUCAAGAACAGUUCAAUUCAGAUGUUGUCUAUACUCUAGACUUGAUAGUUCAUUGGUGCUUUGUUGUCUCAUAUUCUUGCCUGGUUUAAGGUUGUCUCUAUUUUGUCAUAUUCUUGCCUUUUCGGAGGUUGUCUUUAUUGACUUCCUUGUGACAGUACUGGUUUGAUGUUAGUAGUGCUCGUUUUACUUGGUGAGGAAGUCUUUAUUUUCAGAAUGAUUUUACUUUAUAUAAGACGAAAAUGUCUGUCGGGCAGUCUGUGAGUGAUGGAGAAUUUGUACGGUUUAUAUAAGCAGAAGGUGUCUAUCGGGCAGUCUGUGAGUGAUGGAGAAUUUGCACUGUUUAUAUAAGCAGGUGUCUGUCGGGCAGUCUGUGAGUGAUGGAGAAUUUGCACUGUCUGUUGCUGUUUUUCUUUUUUUAUACAAGUUUUACAGAUGAUAAAUAAAUAUACAUUAUGCUAAUUCCUAAUGCUUAUGGUUAUGUAUGAAAAUCAAAACAAUUCCUGUUUCGCCAUUUUAUUUACAUUUUCACUUUAGUGAUUUAACAUGUAUUAUGAUUAUAUGUAUGUUUGUAGCUUAUGUGAUUCUGUGUAUUGUUAAUGCAUUUAUGCUGAUUUUUAUUCAGAACGAUUAGAACAAUAUAUUAGACUUUUAUAUACUAAGAGAAAAAGUAUUAAUGAUUGAAUGUGAUUUUUGUAUUAAUGAUUAAUGUCAAUUUUUAUCCAUGAUUAUCUAGUCAUAUAAUUAGUUCUUAAUUGUUUUUAAUGAAGAUGUUGUAAGAGCUGUUUUAUCAGAGAUUUUUAUGGAGGAUAUGCUGCUAUUUAAAGUGCUGGUAUAAUGGAUAGAGUGGGCUGGUUUGAGGAUAUCAUUGGUGUUAUAUAUGAAUUGUGAGAUAUUUAUCAACACAGAAUUGGUAAGGUGCUACAACCCAGACUUAUACAUGUAGGUACUACAAUAUCUAAUUACUAUUGCCAAUGUGUUGCGAGGAAAAAAAAAAAAUAACAAAUUUAUAAUUCACGUUCUUUAAACAGACAAAAAGAGAUGUAGUCUGUGAAAUUGUGUAUAAGGAAUAAACAUUAUACAAUAUUGUAUUUAAGAUAAUAAGUUUUAAUAUGAAAUCCCCUUUUCUCAUUUUAAAACUGAAUUUGUUAACUUUUCUUCAUCAUUGCUGAUCGAAUCCCUCCGUGAACAUAAUCAGAUUAAACAGCUAGUAAUAUUGUUAUUUUUCCAGUAAAAGAUGAAAUGUU